UACCAAUUUUAAAAGAUGAAGAUGAUUCACAUUAUUCUUUACUUUCUUGCUCUUCUCUCAUAUACCUCUCAUGCUACUACUACUUCUGUCAAUGAUUUCUGUGUAGCAAAUUUAUUGCUUCCAAACACUCCUUCAGGCUAUCCAUGCAAACCACAAUCACUUGUAACAGAGAAUGAUUUUGUGUUCUCUAAACUUGGACCUGGAGUCCUAAUACAGCCUUUUAAUGCAGGAACAACAACUGUAUCGGUCAAGAAUUUACCGGGUCUCAAUGGACUCGGUAUCUCUGCAGGAAGAGUGGUUAUUGGUAUAAACGGAACUAUACCAAUGCACACUCAUCCUGAUGCAACUGAAUUACUAAUCGUUUCUCAAGGUCAAAUUACUGCUGGAUUUAUCACACCUACAAAACUUAUUGUGAAAAAUCUUAAUCCUGGUGAUGUUUUUGUUUUUCCACAAGGACUAUUGCAUUUUCAAGUUAACUCUGGUGUUGGAAAUGCUGUUGCUUUUGUUGCUUACAGUAACUCAGAUCCUAACAUACAUUUACUUGAUAUUUUGUUAUUUGGUAACAACUUAUCAACUCCCACACUUGAAAAGACUACUCUGCUUGAUGCAGCACAAAUUAAGAAGCUUAAGGCACAGCUUGGUGGCAGUGGCUAGGAUAUUGGUUGCUUAAGAAUCAUCCUCUUCUAUGUUUGUUUUAAAUUAUGUUAUGUCAGCAAUAAAGCUUCUAUGUUUUGUUUGUGAAAUUUUUUUCAUUUUAAUAAUGUAAGAGGAUGGAUGGUAA